UUGUCACUUUUAAAAUGGUUCAAGACCAUCCGAAGCCUGGAGCAAGUGCAUCCUCACAUCAUCCCCAAGGGCUGCGAGCAGGAUCCCUUCUUGAUUACCCAAUUUCUCUCCCUCUGCAUCGCUCUCUCUUCCGACCUCUCCUACCCUACCACUGUCUUCGAAUGCGUCACUCAGCCCAAUAUUUAUCUCUGGAACACCCUGCUCAAGGGCUACUGUAGACAUUCCUCUUUGGUCAAUUCAUUUUCUCUUUUCAGUUGGAUGAAAAAGUCUACAAAUGCAAGCCCGGAUGAGUAUACUUUCCCGCCUUUGAUCAACAAGUGUGCUAAUGUUUGGGCGUUGAGGGAAGGGCGGGUUCUCCGCGGGUCAAUAGUAAGGUGUGGUAUUGAAACUGAUGUAUAUGUGGGUUCCAGCUUAGUUGACUUCUAUGGCAAGUGCAGGGAGAUUGAGUGCUCCCGGAAGAUGUUUGAUAUUAUGCCCUUUAGAAACGAAGUUUCUUGGACGGCUAUGCUUGUUGGCUAUCUGAAUGUCGGAGAGGCAUUGGAGGCGAAGAACUUGUUUGAUGAAAUGACUAAUAGGAAUUUAGUAUCCUGGAAUGCGAUGAUUAGUGGCUUUGUUAGAUUCGGUGAUUUGAGGAGUGCUAGGGAAUUAUUCAAUGAGAUGCCCGAGAAGAAUGCUAUUUCCUAUACCACUAUGAUUGAUGGGUAUGCCAAGGCCGGUGACAUGAUGUCUGCAAGGAUGUUAUUCGAGCAAUCAGAUGAAAAAGAUAUUGUAUCCUGGUCUGCAUUGAUAUCCGGGUAUGCUCGGAAUGGACAGCCCAGCGAGGCGAUACAGAUGUUUUGUAGGAUGCAAUGUAGGGGCAUCAAACAGGAUGAGUUCACUAUGGUGAGCUUGAUGUCUGCUUGUUCCCAAUUGGGUUGUUUGGAAUUGGCAAAAACAAUUGAUUCUUAUAUGCAUCAAAGCUCAUUUGAUCUCAAGUGUGUUCAAGUCGCUGCAGCUCUCGUAGAUAUGAAUGCCAAGUGUGGGAACAUGGACAGAGCAUCAACCUUGUUUGAGCAAAUGCCUACGCGUGAUGUGAUCUCAUACUGCUCAAUGAUACAGGGCCUAUCCAUUCAUGGGAGUGGUCCACAGGCUAUGGCACUGUUUGAAAGGAUGCUAAAGGAAGGACUUGUGCCUGAUACUACAGCCUUUACGGUAAUUCUAACAGCUUGCAGUCAUGCUGGUCUCAUUGAGGAAGGUUGCUAUUAUUUUGACUCUAUGGUUAAUGAAUUCUCUCUUGAGCCUUCUCCGGAUCAGUAUGCAUGCCUCAUUGACCUUCUUGGUCGAUCAGGAAAGCUAAAAGAUGCUUACGACAUUCUUAAGUCAAUGCCCGUAAAGCCCCAUGCUGGUGCUUGGGGUGCACUUCUUGGUGCUUGCAAGCUUCAUUGUGACCUUGAAUUGGGGGAGGAAGAGGAGGUAGCAUGUAGACUUAUUGAGCUUGAGCCCUUAAAUGCCGGGAAUUAUGUAUUGUUAUCAGACAUCUAUGCUGCUGCAAAUAAAUGGAUGGACGUUUCACUUUUGAGGCUCAAAAUUAGGGAGAAAGGACUCAAGAAAAUUCCCCGUUGUAGUUGGAUAUGA